UCAAAACAAGCUAAGCUAGCUCGAUCCUUCUCACUAAAGCGAUCGUAUCUCUUAAGAUCUUUAGCGAGCGAGAGAGAGAGAGAGAGGGAGAAAAAAUCUGAGAAGAGAGAGAGGAUGGAGAUCACCAAAAGCAAUAACGGUGGUUCGAACCCAUCUGCAGGAGAAGAGUUUAAGGAUAUGAUUAAGGGAGUGACUAAGUUCUUGAUGAUGUUGAUUUUCCUUGGAACUAUCAUGCUUUGGAUCAUGAUGCCAACACUAACCUACCGAACCAAGUGGUUGCCACAUAUGCGUAUCAAGUUUGGAACAUCAACUUACUUUGGUGCCACAGGGACGACGCUUUUCAUGUAUAUGUUCCCAAUGAUGGUCGUAGCUUGUUUGGGAUGUGUCUAUCUUCACUUCAAGAAUCGAAAGUCGUCAGACCAUAUCGAUAGGGAGACGAAUGGAGGAGUGUGGAGUAAACUAAGAAAGCCAAUGUUAGUGAAGGGACCAUUAGGAAUAGUCUCAGUGACUGAGAUCACCUUCUUGGCGAUGUUUGUGGCUCUUCUUCUUUGGUGCUUUAUCACUUAUUUGCGCAAUAGCUUCGCCACUAUCACUCCUAAAUCAGCUGCCGCACAUGACGAAUCUUUGUGGCAAGCGAAGCUGGAAUCAGCGGCGCUAAGGUUAGGACUUAUCGGAAACAUAUGUUUAGCGUUCUUGUUCUUACCGGUGGCUCGUGGAUCAUCGUUGCUACCGGCAAUGGGAUUAACCUCGGAGUCAAGCAUCAAAUACCAUAUUUGGCUCGGACACAUGGUCAUGGCCCUUUUCACGGUUCAUGGUCUCUGUUACAUCAUUUACUGGGCCUCUAUGCAUGAAAUCUCCCAGAUGAUCAUGUGGGAUACGAAAGGUGUCUCGAAUUUGGCCGGAGAAAUAGCUCUGGUGGCCGGACUUAUGAUGUGGGCCACCACAUAUCCGAAGAUAAGGAGAAGAUUCUUCGAAGUCUUCUUCUACACUCACUAUCUCUACAUCAUCUUCAUGCUCUUCUUCGUCCUCCACGUCGGCAUAACCUUCUCCUUCAUCGCCCUCCCUGGAUUCUACAUCUUCUUAGUCGAUCGUUUCCUUAGGUUUCUUCAGUCACGUGAAAAUGUUCGCUUGCUCUCUGCUCGGAUUCUUCCUUCCGACACUAUGGAGCUCACUUUCUCCAAAAACUCUAAGUUGGUUUAUAGCCCGACGAGCAUAAUGUUUGUGAACAUACCGAGCAUUUCAAAGCUGCAAUGGCAUCCAUUUACGAUAACGUCUAGUAUCAAACUCGAACCAGAGAAGCUAAGUGUUGUCAUCAAGAAAGAAGGCAAAUGGUCAACUAAGCUUCACCACAGGCUUUCUUCUUCUGAUCAGAUCGACCGACUUGCUGUUUCUGUAGAAGGUCCUUACGGCCCUGCUUCCACCGAUUUCUUAAGGCAUGAAGCUUUGGUUAUGGUGUGCGGAGGAAGUGGGAUAACUCCGUUUAUCUCUGUUAUUCGUGAUUUGAUCGCCACAAGCCAAAAGGAAACAUGCAAAAUCCCAAAAAUAACUCUGAUUUGUGCGUUUAAGAAGUCUUCAGAGAUCUCCAUGCUCGAUCUUGUCUUGCCAUUAUCCGGUCUAGAGACUAAACUAUCCUCCAACAUAAACAUCAAAAUCGAAGCCUUCAUAACCCGAGAGAAAGAAGCAGGAGUCGAAGCAACAGCUGGGAAAAUCAAAACUCUCUGGUUCAAACCAAGUCUUUCAGACCAAUCCAUCUCAUCAAUCCUCGGACCAAACUCAUGGCUUUGGCUCGGUGCAAUUCUCGCAUCUUCGUUCUUGAUCUUCAUGAUAAUUAUUGGUAUCAUCAGUAGGUAUUACAUUUACCCGAUCGACCACAACACUAACAAGAUCUAUUCAUUGACUUCAAAGACCAUCAUAUAUAUCUUAGUCAUCUCCGUGAGCAUAAUGGCGACUUCUAGUGCGGCUAUGCUGUGGAACAAGAAGAAGUACGGUAACGUUGAAAGUAAACAGGUCCAGAACGUCGACCGUCCAUCUCCAACAUCUUCUCCUAACUCAUGGGGUUACAAUUCCUUGAGAGAAAUCGAAAGUACGCCACAAGAAUCGCUCGUACAACGCACCAACCUGCAUUUCGGAGAAAGACCUAAUCUCAAGAAACUUCUACUUGAUGUGGAAGGUUCGAGUGUGGGAGUUCUUGUCUGUGGUCCGAAGAAGAUGAGACAAAAGGUUGCAGAGAUAUGUUCCUCUGGUUUGGCUGAGAAUCUUCAUUUUGAAUCUAUCAGUUUCAGCUGUUUCAUCUCUUGUACCAUGGGAUUAGGAGAAAUGAAUAAGGAAGUGAUUGAGAAGGAAAUCUGGUUAACCCCCAUGCGUGCCAAGCUCGGCAAAACGAUUUACUAUGGGAAACCAGGAGUGAACCUUUUGGUUUACAUGUUCCCGAUGAUUCUACUGGCUUUUCUGGGAUGUAUCUACCUUCACUUGAAGAAACAAACAACUGUUACUCAAUUUAACAGCGGAGUGGAGAAGAAGAGAGCCAAGUUUGGUGCAUUGAGAAGACCAAUGUUAGUGAAGGGACCGUUAGGAAUUGUGACAGUGACUGAGGUUAUGUUCUUGACAAUGUUCAUGGCUCUUCUUCUUUGGAGCUUAACCAAUUACAUUUACAGGACGUUUGUCACCAUCACUUCUGAAUCAGCAUCAACUGACGGAAAUAGCCUGGAGAUCGGAAAGGGAAAGAUACCGUAUCCGGGUUCUCUGAAAGCUAAGGACAUGACGGCUCUUGAUAUUCCGGUGGUGGUGCCGUAUAAUAUAUACUGUUUAACCUGGCUCGAGACGUUGGUGUGGACUGGGACAUUGACUACGAGCUCCAAAUCGGUCUAACCAUUGACCUUCCUGUAGUCGGGGAAUUUACUAUCCCUAUUUCUAGUAAGGGUGAAAUCAAACUUCCUACUUUUAAAGAUUUCUUUUGAUCUACGUAACCUAUAAAGCCAACAUCCAACA